AUGUUAACUCACGAACUUCAAUGGAAUCCAGAACUGGUUGUAGCGGCUUCAGAAGACAUUGAUAAGCUCAGUUUGGACAGUGCUUUAAGUUCGGAUGGAAAUACGAGGUAAGGGCUGUGGUUUUAAAAAUUAAAAAAAAUUUUAAAUUAAUUAUGAAGGAUAGGUCAAAAAGUUUAUAGAAAAUUGAAAAUUUUGGGUUUUGUGGUCAAGAAGUUUAGAGAAAAUUUAAAACAUCAGAUGAAUAGGCUUUAAUUUGGAUUUUGCUAUGUUUUUUUUGGGUUUUAACAGCACUAUAACUACUUCUUGAUGACUAUAUAUUAGGAAACACAAAAAACAUGUUUUACAAAAGAAUAAUUUUAUUUUACUAUGUAAAUUACUGACAUUUGGUUGACUGACUUUUUCAAAACUAACUUUUUUGAACUUAUGGGUUUAUGAAAACUGUACGGUGCGUUUUUGUAGCUUUAAAAGUACAGUACUUAAUCAGCUACGGCCUUCAGUACUAGGGUAGGGUUAGAGUUUAGUAUUUUAAGCAUUUUAGAAUUUUUCAACAUUUUUUUUUGGUAAAAAAGGAUAAAUUUAAAAAAAUAAAAUUUUUUUGUAAAAUACGGCGUAUAAAGUUCGGUCAUGUCUAAAUAAUAUUAAAUUAUUUUCAGUAGCUCAGAAAUCUCAGAAGCCUACAAUGAGCCAGAGUUGUCGAUUGAACAGUUGGAAAAGAUUAAAAACUUGAGAAAAGAAAUUGGAAAAGACUUGUUGGCCAGGACUCCUUUGAUGAACGAUGAUUUCUCAUUGCAUCGAUGGAUUUGCGGUUGGGACAAUAAGACUGGUAAGUUUUUUGGAUUUUUAUGAGAAAUGUUAUAAGGGGAUAACAUUGGGUAGGGUAUUUUUUAGGGUUGUGGUACAACACCGGGUGGGGUAUCGUUUUAAGAAGGGGCGACUGCAUUGAGCGGGGUAUUGAUUUGGAAGGGGUAACAAUAUCGGGCGGGAUUUUGUUUUAGGGAGGGUUAAAACAUCAGGCGGGGUAUCUUUUUUAAGAGAGUGUCUUUGUCGUGAAGGAUGAGAAGUGGCAGUAAUUUUUAAAAAUCAUUUUUCUAUUGCCAGCCGUUACAGUAAAGUUAUUCCAGGUGUUAUGUGACUGCGUUUUUAUUUUUCAAAGUUAUUAUUAAUUUGUUCAAAUAAUUCUGAGCUUUUAACUACAAAGGUUUGCUUUGAGACGUAGCGCAGAAUUUUUUGAACAACUCAGUAAAUUCAGAAUUUGGGCCGCUUAGUUAUUGAUCAAUUACCUUGAUUGUAAUAAAUAGUUUCGUUUCAAUUAGGUAUUUGAGAUGGGGCAUUCUACUUUUGUUUUUGUCAGUUUUUCAAAGUAAGAUGUUUAGAUUUGGGUGGUUUUUCAAGGUAUAGGCUAGAGUGAGAUUUAGGGUCGACUUUUGGGCAAGGAAGCGAUUUUUGUAUUGGGAGGGGGGGGAGGGGAGAGGAAGUUUUUUGUUUAAAAAGUAUAUCUUCUUUGAAGGAGAGUGGGUUGGCAAAUUAAUGUUAGAAAACUUUAUUUGUGAAUUGGUCCUAUUUCUUUUUCACGCUUCUAUCUUUUCCUUUAACACUUAGCUUUAAUUACAGUAGUUCAAAGCUAAAAACAAUUUUAAAAAUUAUUUUUCAAUCAUAAAUUAAAAGCUUCAUAACAAGCCCCUACUAUAAUAUAAAACUAACUCAUAAAAUUUCAGCCGAAAUCCUCCCUCGCUACAAACAAAUGUCAGAAAUCAUCAACGCCCUCGGCUUCAACAACUUUGACAUCAACGAUGAAGAUGACGUGAACACGACCGUAGUCAAAUACAACCGGCUAGCCCAAUUCUUCGCCGGAGGUGUUAUGGGAUUUGAUAACGAUGGAGAUCUGAUCACAUGCUCAUUCCUAGGCAAUGUACGGCCACGCACUCUAGUCAAAUGUGGUAGUACGCAUCAAGUGUUCAAGAUGGCUAUUCUUGACGCGGUUUUAAUCUGGAAGUUGUUGAAGAAACGUGAACAAAAGACUGGCAAGAAGGCUGGCUGCAAGAUCAUCAUGGACUUGAGCGGGUUUGGCAUGGAACAUUUGUUUGCACCGACCGUGAAGAUCUAUUUAAAUUUGAUCAAAUUGUUGCAGGUAAGGGGGGUUUGAUUAUAUUGUGAUUUGGGGAUGGUGGUUUUGCUGUUUUGGGCAGAGCAAGAAAAUUUUUUUGGCUUAUUGUUAUUUUCUAAAAAAUUUUAAAAUUUAAAACUAAUUUUUUUUAUUAAUUCUUACUUAUAUAAUACUAUAUGAUUUCAGGACAUGUUCCCAGAAAUCACAAACAAAAUCUACGUGAUCAAUUCACCGACCGUCUUUACCACAGCUUUCGCCCUGAUCAAGCCAAUCUUAUCAGAGAAAACCAAAGCAAAGAUCGAGAUUCUUGGCUCGAAUUAUCAGGAAAUGUUGUUGAAUGAACUGGGAGCUGAUAAUGUAUACCCACUUUAUGGAGGCACCAAGAAGCCGGUUAAAGGAAGCUUGGAAACUGGCACAUUGAGGAUGGGAGGAGUGCCUCAGAAGGAGUUGAUGUAAGUUUUUAUAUUUAAAAAAAGGGCAAGGCAUUAUAUGGUAGAGUAAGGUAAGGUAAGGUAAGGCAGGGAACGCAGGGUAUGGCAAAAUUGUCUAUUAGAGAAUACUGUAACAACAUAACUUUUCUAAGUUUUAAAAAUUUUCAGCUACGACCCCCACUACUGUCCAGAGCACGUCGAAGAUGCUCAACUCACCAAAAUCAACGUUCCCGCCCGUUCCAAAAAGUCACUCGAUUUUAAAUGCAAGAAAGGCCAAACUCUAAAAUGGUUUUUCAAAACUUCUGGAGACAUCGACCUGUCCGUGUACCAAGACAAUCAAGUGUUGUGUAUGCCAAAGUUCCGCCUGAACACUGAGUUUGUGCCAGAAUUCGACCAAGUUGUCUGUCAAACGACGGGUACCUACACUAUUGUGUUUGACAACUCUUUCAGUACGUUCUUCAGCAAAGAUGUACGAUAUCAUGUUAAAGUUGUUUGA